ACUAUUAGCUUUCCGAGAUAAAAAAACUGCUUUACAAACUAAAUUAAACGAACUAGAAUCUGAACUAACCCAACGAGCCAAUUUAACCCAAGCAGAAUAUGAGGCUGAAUUAGAUAAUUUAGAAGACCAAAUUUCCCAAUUAACCAGAGACCUUAAUAAGGAACAAGAACACUUACGCUUAGCCCGUGAAGAUAUUGAAUCAUUAAGGGUCAAAUUAACAAUUAUUAGAUGA